AUGAUGCGGAGACCACAUGAUGAGUUCAUUAAUCAGUUUCGGGAGAAAUAUGGUGAUCGUUUCUUGAGCCGUCAAGCUGAAAGGGAAAUUAGAGGCGUCCAAACCGACAUGGAAGAUCCAAUGCUCCCUGAUAGCUGUGUCAAUGGAAACGAGCCUAUUGAUGUUGCGCCCACAGACGAGGCAAAUACCGAUCAAACACUAAGGCGAGAGAGCGGUUACUCAAAGCAUCGCAGCUUCCAUGCACCAGAUUCGUUCUCUUCGAUGAUUGACGUGGAAAAGUACGAGACAUUUCACGAUCGCAAUGUAUCAGGGUCGGACGCUGUCUUAUACAAUAACGUAGAAGACAUACUCUCUCCGUUGAGUCAGUGGAGCGCAGACAUUUCGCGCAUUCUUGAUGAGCCAGUCCAACCCAAUGCGCAAGACCCUCGGAAUGCGCCUUGCUUCACUUCGUUGGCUAAGUCUCAAGGUUGGCCAUAUGACGAUACACAUUUUGGGCAGGCGAAUGGUAUAUCGACAACUCUCGUUCAUCACAAUUAUGGAUACGCUACGCUAUAUGAUGUCUAUCAAGAUAUUUUCACUAAUCGUUGCAGUGGACAAUCAAACCCAAAAUCUGAUUUGGCCACACCCAAGGCACAGGUCAACGAACAUUGGUUAUAUGGCCACAGGGAAAAGUACACCUAUGCUCAACGCACGCUAUAUUUAUUGUUUGCUGAGGCUCUUCAUAGGUUCCGUUACAAUGCGACACUGCAAGCCCCGACGGCAAUGCACCAGCCUGGCAACGAAAAGCCUGUAACCUAUCUCAACAAAGGUCAACCAUACAGCCUCACUGUGGCAGAUUCGACCCCACCCACGAAUAACGCGGGAUUCUUUGAGUACAGGACAUUUGUGUAUGUGUCUUUUGAGGGAGAAGACCAGAGAUCAAAUCCGGUUGCAUCGUGGCAGCUAUGGAAAGAAGGCCGUGGGCUGAAAGAAGCCAAUGAGCGGAAAGGCAAGCUUUUAGCUGUCGAAUUUAUCGAGCCUUCCCAGAGCGGCCUCCGAAAUCAGGGACACUGCCAGGUACAGCUUGAAGAAGCUACUGUCAAUGGCUUUUGUGUCAUUUGGACAGCUGAUCCAACUGCGAAGGUCUAUGAGGCAGUGAUUCUGCUGAAAUUCAAUUUUGUAUCGACCGACUUCACUCGCGCAAAAGGGGUAAAAGGGGUACCAGUCAGGCUGUGUACAAAAACGGAAAUGUUACAGUCGAACGACAGAAACAAGUCUGUGAUGAACGAGCCGGAAAGGUGUUACUCUUUGGUUAAGGUACUUAGAGACCACGGUGCCGAACGGAAAUUAUGGAACGAUAAGAUACGUAUAAGCAAAAGGGCUGAAAAGCUCAGCAAAAGAAUUAUGGACCGAGAGGCAAAUGCGAACUUCGCCAGUCGAUGUCACAACGAGAGUGCGAUAAACGGCCGAAAAUUCGAUGUCCCGCCUCACAAGAAGCGCAAGUCGUCGAUAAGUCCUCGGAAAAGCCCUUCGUCGGAAGUCCUCCGCGCUGAGCUGGCCACAACAGUCGAGGUUCUUUCAUCGGCCCGUCCAGUGAGUGUACUUGCUCUUCGCGGUAACAUGAAGGAUAGGCUCUUAGACGAUCGACAUAGCACAGGUGCUAUAAACUUGGUAUCAGAAGGAGCGGCUCAAAUUCCAAACAAGGCCAACAUACAAGUGCACUCCCAGAGCCCUGUUUGUCAAGAACGUCCGCCCAAAGUCCCAUAUGGUUCCGUUAGGGCAUCAAAGAGUUCUCCACCUCCUGCGAAGCAUUCUUCGAAAUCCGGUUGGUACCACAGAACAUCAAAUUCGUUCUACGCUCACUUCUAUUUCGCAGUUGCAUGCUUCUAUAUCCUAUUCGCCCUAAGCGGAAAGCAACCCGAGGGCACCUAUCAUGCAAUAUAUCUUACAGGCCGCACUUCUCGCAAUUUGGAAGUCGAACUUGCGGCGAAACUGCAUAUCGACCCUUGCCUCAUUCCUCGUAUCAUCUGGAUCAAUAGCAAAGGCUUAAAAGUCGUGGUUGAUGACGAUGUGGUCGGACAACUUCCCGAGGGACAGAUCAUGAUUGCAAGUGUCCACGAACACUCGACUACAGUAAUGGCUCCCUCGAGCGCAAAGCGCUCCGAGGUGGAAGUAGAGCUAGUUUUUCAGUGA